ACCUCUUCUGCCUGCGUUCCCUCCUUUGAGUUUCUAAUUUUCUUAUACAUAUAUAUUAAAUUCGAAUAUCUUUGAAAAGGUCCAACUUUCCAUUCAUAACGUGUGCCGUGAAAAGAACAAGCCCGGGAGAGGAAAAGAACGCGGAUGUUCCUGGACGUUAACGGAUUCCGAGGAUUUGGCUGAUUAUGGCGAUUGUGGGAUUAAUACUGCGAAAUUUAGCUCUCGUAUUGUGGUGGCAAUCUUCAGUCGGCAGAGACUGGCAAGCCUCUGGCUCGCUGAUCAAAAGGUUCAUUUCGCUGAGAUUUGUUUCUGAGCCGUCGGACACAGUCACUGUGCGAGGCGGAUCGUUUCUCCUGAACUGCUCAGCAGCGGCGGACCAGGGCCCAGUGAACAUUAGCUGGAGAAAAGAUGGCGCCUUCCUAAACCUGGUCAUGGACGAGAGGCGACAGCUGAUGCCAGACGGAUCCCUAAUGGUGCAGAACGUGGUCCACACAAGGCACCAUCGGCUUGAUGAAGGCCUGUACCAGUGCGAGGCUUCGGUGCUGGGGGCAGGAUCAAUAGUGAGCAGAAUGGCUCGCUUAACUGUGGCAAGCCCACUGAGAUUUAUCUCACAGUCGGAGUCAGUCGUUGCCUAUGCAGGGGAUGUCGCUGUGCUGAAAUGUGAAGUUACUGGUGAGCCAAUGCCGUCGGUUCAUUGGCAGAGAAACCGCAUCGAUCUGCAGCUGAACGCAGACGACGUCCGCAUGGCCAUUCUCCCGUCCGGAUCCCUGGUGAUUAACAAGCUGCAGGCAAGUGACAGCGGGUCCUACCGCUGCCUUGCAGAAAACCCCGGAAGCUCGAGGACAGGAAACGAUGUUGACCUUCAGGUUCUGUCCGAGCCUGGCACUCACAGACAGUUUACAUACAUUCAGCGGCCUCAGAACAUAGCUGUCCUCGAAGGAAGAGAUGGGGUGAUGGAGUGUUGUGUUACUGGAUUCCCAGCACCUACGGUCACAUGGAAAAAAGGGGAUGAAAUUGUUCCGAUCAGGUCCAGGAAGUAUUCGCUAUUGGCAGGAAAUAACCUCCUCAUCAGAAGUGUAACUGAACAAGAUUCGGGGUUUUACACGUGUGUUGCCAACUACGAGAAUAAGACAUUCGCUGCCUCAGCAGAGUUUAUUGUAAUGAUUCCACCUAGCUUUCUCAAGCGCCCUUCCAACCUGUAUGCUUACGAGAGUAUGGACAUCGAGUUUGAAUGCGCAGUCACUGGGAAGCCGGUGCCCACUGUGAGGUGGAUAAAGAACGGAGAAGUGGUCAUUCCCAGCGACUAUUUCCAGAUCGUGGGUGGCAGUAACCUGCGAAUCCUGGGUCUGGUGAGGUCAGACGAGGGCUUUUAUCAGUGUGUGGCAGAGAAUGACGCAGGAAACGUGCAGGCAAGCGGACAGCUAAUCAUUCCAGAACCAGCCUUACCGAGCUUCAGUGUCCUUCCCUCUGCCCCUCGUGACGUGGUGCCUGUCCUGGUCUCCAGCCGCUUUGUCCGACUCAGCUGGCGUCCACCUGUCGAGACGCAUGGAAGUAUCCAGGCCUACACCGUUUACUUUGCCAGGGAAGGUGUUAACAGGGAGCGUGCUUUAAACACUUCACAGUAUGGAGACUUGCAGCUUACUGUUGGGAAUUUGAAGCCAGAAGAAACAUAUGCAUUUCGGAUCGUAGCCUACAAUGAUUUUGGACCGGGGCAGAGUUCACAAUCAAUUAAAGUUGCUACUCAGCCUGAACUACAAGUUCCAGGACCAGCAGAAAAUUUUAAAGUCAUCCCCAUUUCACCAAGCUCCGUUUUAGCAUCCUGGGAGCCACCAGCCUACGCCAACAAUCCAAUCCAAGGUUACAGGCUGUUCUGGGCAGAGAACAAUGGCAAAAAAGAACAGAACAUCGAUGUGGAUAAUUUGUAUUAUAAGCUGGAAGGAUUGAAGAAGUUCACAAAGUACAGUUUACGGGUUUUGGCUUUCAACAGACAUGGACCAGGCGUCUCUUCCCAGGACGUGGUGGUGAGCACAUUCUCUGAUGUGCCCAGUGCAGCGCCUCAAAAUAUUUCACUGGAAGUGGCAAAUUCGCGAAGUAUAAAGGUCAGCUGGCUGCCACCACCAUCCAAUAUGCAGAAUGGCUUUAUUACUGGAUAUAAAAUCCGGCACAAAAAGAUUGGCCGCAGGGGUGAUGUGGAGACCCUGGAGCCUAAUAACCUAUGGUACCUCUUUACAGGUCUGGACAAAGGUGCACAGUACAGCUUUCAAGUUGCAGCCAUGACCACGAAUGGAACGGGCCCGUCCUCGGACUGGAUCACGAUACAAACACCAGAGAAUGAUCUGGACGAAUCCCAGGUUCCUGACCAGCCAAGUUCUCUUCAUGUCAGACCUCUGACAACGAGCAUUGUGAUGAGCUGGACGCCACCAUUAAACCCUAACAUAGCAGUCCGAGGUUACAUCAUCGGUUACGGAGUGGGCAGUCCCUACGCUGAGACGGUGCAAGUCGACAGCAAACAGCGAUACUUUUCUAUUGAAAACCUAGAGCCGAGUUCCCACUACGUUAUUUCUUUGAAGGCCUUUAACAACGUGGGACAGGGAGUCCCUCUGUAUGAAAGUGCCACUACCCGGGCAUUGUCAGACCCUCUCGAUCCCUUAGAUGUUGAUUUAUUUCAUUUGUUCGAUGACCUCCCCACCUCAGUCCCAGACACCUCCACCCCCAUGCUACCACCCGUAGGUGUCCAAGCGGUCGCAGUCAGUCAAGACUCUGUCAGAGUCAGCUGGGCGGACAACGCCGUGCCCAAGAACCAGAAGGUAACAUCAGACACCCGCUUUUAUACCAUUCAAUGGAGAACAAGCUACUCAGCCAAUGCCAAGUACAAAUCCACUGAGGCGACAACGUUGAGUCACACGGUGACGAAUCUCAAACCCAAUACCAUGUAUGAGUUUUCGAUCAUGGUGACCAAAGGUCGGAGGUCGAGCACGUGGAGCAUGACAGCACAUGCUACAACAUAUGAGGCUGCUCCUACCUCAGCCCCGAAGGACCUGACAGUUAUUAACAGAGAAGGAAAGCCUCGAGCCGUCAUCGUAAGUUGGCAGCCACCAUUGGAGGCCAACGGAAAAAUCACAGGAUAUACGUUGUUUUACACGAUUGAGAAGAAUGCACCGAUUGAUGAAUGGUUAAUUGAACUGGUCAGUGGUGACCGACUGACCCACCAGAUUGUGGACCUCAACCUGGACACUGUCUACUAUUUUCGGAUCCAGGGACGAAACGCCAAAGGGCUGGGACCGCUGUCUGAUCCUAUUCUGUUCAAAACACCCAAAGUUGAACACCCUGACAAAAUGGCCAACGACCAAGGAAGGAGUAUACAUGGAGACGGAUCCUUCUGGCCAGCAGACACCAAUCUAAUCGACAGAAGCAGCUUAAAUGAGCCUCCUAUUGGUCAAAUGCAUCCGCCUCAUGGCAGCGCGACCCCUCAGAAGAACGGAAAUCUGCUGGUGAUCAUCGUGGUCUCCAUUGGAGCAAUAACAGUCGUGGUGGUCAUCGUUGUUGCUGUGAUUUGUACCCGUCGAUCCUCAGCACAGCAGAGAAAAAAACGUGCUGCGCACAGCGGUGGCAAGCGAAAAGGGAGCCAAAAAGACCUGAGACCGCCUGACCUCUGGAUACAUCAUGAAGAAAUGGAGAUGAAGAAUAUUGAAAAGCCUUCGGGGCCUGAACCAUCUGUGAGAGAUUCACCCAUGCAGCAAAGCUGCCAGGAUAUAACCCCCGUCAGCCAUAGCCACUCAGAGAACCAGCUCACCAGCAAAAGUGGCUCCCAUUCAGGUCAUGAUCCUGAUGAGGCUGGAAGUAGUAUGUCAACUUUGGAACGUUCUCUAGCAGCUCGAAGAGGAACCCGACCCAAACUGAUGAUUCCUAUGGAUUCACAGCCCAGCAAUCCAUCUGUUGUCAGUGCGAUUCCUGUUCCAACAUUGGAAAGUGCCCAGUAUCCUGGCAUCCUGCCAUCUCCAACAUGUGGAUAUCCACAUCCACAAUUUCCACUGCGUACCAUGCCAUUUCCAACACUGGCAGUUGAUCGUGGAUACGGACCAACCAUGAGCGAAGUUCAAACAACGCAUCUCCAACAGCCUGCCGUGUUAACUCAAACACAACCCGAGCAUUCUUCAGGGGAGGAGGCCCCAAGCAGAACGAUUCCUACAGCGUGCGUCCGCCCCACUCAUCCUCUGCGCAGUUUCGCAAACCCCCUGCUACCCCCGCCCAUGACUGCAAUGGAGCCCAAAGUCCCCUACACACCCCUUCUCUCUCAACCAGGUUCCAAUCUCUCGCUGAGUCACGGUAAGACAGCCUCACUGGGAUUGGCCGGGAAAGCAAGGUCACCGCUGCUUCCUGUCUCUGUCCCCACAGCCCCGGAGGUCACAGAGGAGAACAACAGGACAGAGGAGCAAUCUAAUGUAAGGUUUAUGAGCAGAAUGACUUGAGUGAGCAAAUGGCCAGUCUGGAAGGCUUAAUGAAGCAGCUGAAUGCUAUCACAGGCUCAGCGUUCUAAACUCCAUCACUACCUGCUAGAGAUAUGUCCACCAGGAGUCAGGUAGCAUGCCAGUAUUUACGUACUCACCUUGGGGCACCCAAAGUGCCCCCCUCCUCUUCAGCAACUUUCAGGUCAAGCAAGGAAAUGCCUCGAAGGGACAUUGUUCAUCUCGUCAACCAUUCCAUUGCUCAUCUGUAUAUACCACACUGUCUUCCGGUCACACUCUGGGAUUUUGUUCAUGCCUCGUUCAGUAUUUCAAUGUCAGUUCACCAAGGCAGCUUAAUCAGAGAAGGUGCAAAGCCUGGCUGGCACAAGGAAGGGAGGUGGGAUG